AUGAACAAUCAUGCUAUCGCUCCUCCCGCGAACAAAAGACUUGGUAACUACAUUGCGCCGCGCACACCAACAGCGGACGCCCCGCAUGAAGUUACGACCAGAGAAAGCCAGCAGGAUCUUCCCAAUGCUAUCGUGGUUGCGCCGAGGCGUUCAAGUGGUCUCCCUCAGAUCAUCUUUGGAUCCCUCAGGCGAGAUCAGGGAGUACCGCCGACUUUCGAGCGAGCAUCUUCGGCCCUGGUAGUUCCACUAGGCAGAGGCCGUAGAAAGCGCAAGAAAACGCCAAAAUACGCCACAGAUUCAGAAAAGCAGCUCGAUGACUCCCGCAGCGGCGAUGUUGACGGAGAAAACAACGACAACGUCAAGGUCAAGGUCAAGCGAGUGAGAAAGCAAACCAGCGCACUCACAGGUGCUGGAUCAACGGCUGGGUCGGCGAAGAUCAAGGUAUUGGAACAUCAGACCGAUGCUUGCAUUCUUGCCGAUCAAAAAGCAGUCGCGGACCGGGAACAAUUGGCUACUCUCGCGGGGCAGUUUCAAGCGAUGCCCGUUGUACGCAUAGUACAGAACCAAGUCACAAACGCUACUAAUACCAGCAACGAUACACCUCUGGACGCUCAUGUGUUGACGGCCGCUUCUGCGAUUCCCCCAAGAGUCUCUUGGAUACCUGAGCCCAUUCGCAUGACCGGCAUGGCCAGCCAGCAAUCACAGGACAUGAUCAUUCCCACCCCAUACAUCGAUCCGAUGGUAGCAUAUCAACCGCGCUUUGGCAAGGCCAAUCUGGAGGCGCCUUGGCAGUACAAGCAACGACUGGCACAGGCGGAAGCAGAGCCUGCAGCGGAGUGGCGGGUGAAAACCCUACCGGAAUACCAGGCCAGGGUGGAAUAUGCCACGCGGCUCAAUCUGGGCCCACAAUACAUCGAAGAGUCGACUGAAGGUUGGCGACGGGCUCAAGGUCCGCAGUUUCGGCAGCAAAUGCAAGCGAACGCUGCCAUUCACGACAACAUGUGGUUUCCAGGCACCUCGUCAAGUAUGCAGCCCCAAGAAAUGACACAGUCGUUUGCUACGAUGCAGACUACGGACUGGUCGCACGAGGUACCGCCACCACCUCGCGCCGAUCCCUACACUGUUCGGCAGGGCGUAUCCUCGAAUAUUUGGCCUCCCACACAGCAAUUCACCCAGCAAUGGGGUUCCUUUGAUGGCCAGCCUCGGGAGCAGGCGUUCAUGGGAAUCCAUCCGUAUGCUGUUGAAGAUCGGCAAUAUCCAAGGGACCGAUAUCCAAUUGAUCAGACUGCCGACCAAGGCAUUCAACAGAACGGCUACUCUCCAGCAGUGGCAACACCGGACGUCCGGGUGCGAUUGGGCAAUCCAUCGUACGCAGAGCGCUGGGCUAAUACCCAACCUUUGUGA